GACCGAUUUCUAAAAAACAAUUUGCAUUAAAAAAGUAAGGUAUCAAGAAAUGGCGUCGCAAGUUGUUUUUUAUUCUGAAUCAAUGUGUUUCUAAUCAUUUUAAGUGAUAAAAGAAGUUUAUCGCGUUGUGAACAUAAAAUUUGCUAGUGCCGUCGAUGUUUCAUUGAAGAAAUACCGUUAUCUACUUAACCGUGAUUUCCUUGUUCGCUUUGUAACAAUGGCGUCAAGUGAAUCUCUACAAUCAAAUGUAAAAGUAGGGGAAAAUCGGGAUUUUGUAGACGAUUACUGCAGCCCCAUCGGCGAAGCUGAUGCCGGCGAGGCCACCAAACGUCGCAGAGUGACUCAUGACUACAAAAGACUUUCGAAAUUGGGAUACGAUCCAAGUGUGUCAUCCAAUGCGAAACUUUUACAAUCAUCGGAAUCAAAAGGUAAAAAGCGCAAAUGCAGUGAAGAUUCCACUUCGUCAAGAGACCUUUGUCUGUGGGGAGAAAGUGGAAAGCCAGCUAAACUAAGUAAAAUAUGGCCAGUAUUCGACUCUGGAGGGUAUGGUGAUGCUACCAUGCUGAACCUUCAUGUCAUGAAGAAGAAUCCUCCACGUCAAAACCCCCUGCUCUUCAACCUGUCUGAUGUAUUUCAAGACCCUGUGAGUCAAGACUUGUUCGGAAGCAUCAAUGCAUCAUGGAGACAGACACAGUUGAACAAAAAAGUACCUCACGAUGACAUCACUAAACGGAUCUUCUCAUCAGUUUCAAGGCAACUCCGUAUCAUCAACACACAUCUGCAACAAUCAAUGUUCCGAUACAAAUAUCCAAGAGUGACACGGUCCAAUGUUUUGCUUGAUAACUCUAAUAUGAGGAAACCUGGAACUCAUUUCAGUAUGACGAUGCGGGCUAUUCGAUUCCAGUCUACUCCGAGAAGGGAGUUGCCGUGUUACGGUAAUUUGGAAUUGCCGUUUAAGAUAAAACAAGAGAAUAUGUUGCAUGUGCCGGCUAUAAUGACGAAUGUUAAAUCUGAGAAAUUGGAGCCAGAAAAGGUUAAGGAGGAGAAAGUGAAAAUUGAGAGAGAAAGAGACAGGGAGAAGGAUAAAGACCGUGAAAGGGACAGAUCAUCGCACUCGUCUCGGCACUCGUCGUCGUCCUCCUGCCACCACUGCCGCCGCCGCGCGCGCAUCAAGCGGUGCUCCAUCGGCGUGCAGUGCCGUCGCGACCGACCCGCGUCCGCGUCCGCGCCGUCCAACGCCUGGGGUCCCUCCCUGGUUGAGAACCCUGCGAUUAAAGGGCUCAAAUAUCACCGUCUAAUGCGCGUGGAUACCCAUCCCAACGGUGGAGCGAGCGUAGUGUACCUUAACCAGAGAGAUGUUGACAUGCUCAGCGUACACCAACAAGAGUCUCUGGCCAAAGAGUUUUUGAAGCUGGUGUUCUCGGAAGACGCUGAUGGCUGGGCACACUUCGUAUGCGGCGUAGUGCGAGGGGCAGCGGCACGAUUACCGUGCUUACUGCAGUACCUGUCCACGCAGCACCCCAACCUGCCCGUGAAGGCGGGGGUGCUGGCCAGGGCUUCCGACAUCGAGACCACCACCGUCAGCAGAUACUACCAGCAGGUCCAGCAGUCGUACUCCGCAGGCACGUUCCGCUGCGGGCCGCUGCACCAGAUAUCGCUGGUGGGCACCGUGCACGAGGAGGUCGGCGGCUACUUCCCCGACAUGCUGCAGAUGCUGCAUCAGUGCCCUUUCCUCAACAUGACGAUGCCAUGGGGCCCUAUGUCCGCGGUGGAGAUGGAGCCGCAGGAGUCAAACGACGGCCCCAUACUGUGGAUCAGGCCCGGGGAGCAACUGGUCCCCACGGCUGAGUUGGGCAAGAGUCCCAUCAAAAAGAGAAGAACGGGUAUAAACGAGCUCCGCAACCUGCAAUACCUGCCGCGCUACAGCGAGGCGCGGGAGUUCCUGUUCGAGGACCGCACGCGGGCGCACGCGGACCACGUGGGCCACGGGCUCGACCGCAUCACCACCGCCGCCGUCGGUGUCCUAAAAGCUAUUCACUGCGGCGACGAAUCUGAUCGCGGUCGCAUCACGAAGGACGUGGUUGCUUUCCACGCGGGGGACUUCAACAAGCUGGUGCAACUGCUGCAGCUGGACCUCUACGAGCCGCCCAUCUCGCAGUGCGUCACGUGGUUGGAAGAAGCUAAGCUUAACCAACUGCGUCGCGAAGGGGUGCGGUAUUCACGGUUACCGCUCUGCUCGGACGACAUCUACUUUCUGCCGAGAAAUAUUAUACACCAGUUUAGGACAGUGUCUGCUGUCACUUCAGUCGCGUGGCAUCUGCGCUUGAAGCAGUAUUACCCGUCGUCGGAGGCUUCCUCACCCGCGGACGAGAGGCCCGCCGACCCACAACCGGUCAUCGUGGAUCAUGAGACAGAAACAAAAAAAUCGUCUACAAAACUCAAAACCGGAGUGAUAGAGAUGAGGGCACUCAGUGCUAAGUUCAAAGAGAAAACGCCACUCAAAAUACAAAACUCUCGAAAAAGCAUAGAGGUCCAGAAAGUGGAAGAAAAAAAGGAGAGGAAGCCUGAAUUCAAACUGGAUAAAGACAAAACUGACGCAAAAGAACAGAAGAACGAUGUAAAAGAAGUCAAAAUCGAAAAGGAGAUUAAAUCAGAGAAGGAAAUCAAAACCGAACGAUCAGAGCAUAAAGAUAAACAUGAAAAUAGAAGUGAGAAAGACAGAAUUAAAGAAAAGACAGAUUCAAAAUCAGAGAAAGUCGAUAAGAACCAUCAUAGGCAUAAAGAUGAGAAACACAGGACAGAACGGUCGGAUAAACAUGACCAUCAUAGAAGACAUUCUUCGUCCCACUCCCACAAGUCACACAAAUCGGACAGACCGAGAGAACACAGGAAAGAACACAGAAGCUCGGAUAAAUAUGAGAAACUUAAGGACAGUACUAAAACUGAGAAGCCCGUUGACAGUGUUAAGUUACCGCAGGAAGUGAUCCAACGGCCCCCGGACUAAGUGUGAGUGAAUGUGUGAAGUGAAAUGUUGCUGUCGGAGACUGGAUCCUGGACUAUAUGGUAAAGAUUUUUGAUUGGUCUUGCUUUACAAUCAUUGUUGUGUGAUUUAAAUGGAAUUUUUCUGUUGUAGAUGAAGUGUAAAAAUGUCUACUCAAAUUGAUUUAUUUGUUACAUCUAUAUUCUGUUUGAUGAAAAGUAACAUUUUAAUGCCUGUUAAAAGCCGAUUGAAAACAUACUUUUUCGUCUAUCGUUCAAAAAUUUUCAGAUUCUUCCUCCUUAUUUUCAUGUAAAUCACACGCCAGUGUUCUCCUUCGUUCGCACGAGCGAUUUUUCGACGUGAGUUAAAAAGCGUUGAAAUAUAUCACAUACAAAAUAUGGAACGAUAUUUCAUAAGAUCACACUUCUACCGCAACGCUACGACGAGAGCUGUCAGCGAGCAUUCUGCUAAUUUUUGUCAAUGUAAAAUAUGUCUACAGAAGACAUUUUAAAGCUCAGUUUUCAAUGAACAUUAUCAUCACUGGUGAAACGGUACGGUUGAAGUUCGCUAUGACCUUUAUUGUGAAUAUUUUUCAUCACAUUUUGAGCACUGUGCGGUAUUUUGAAUAACUAAUUUUGCAAAACCAAUAUAAUGUUACAAUUUCGGUACGUUAUAAUGUUCCGUCUAAGUUGAGAGUAUUUUUGACGCCCAUGCGAACGAGGGGUUAGAAUCGAAGAUCGUCUUCGUUGUCUUAUGAAUCGCAAUUAGGGAUCCCACGUACCUGAUUCCAGUGACCUUCUCCUCAGCAUCCCUUCAUUUUGACCCCCCCCAAGUUAGUACCUUAGGGUAAUUUUGUAAAUAUUGUAGUCGGUCUCACAGAGGCUAGUGUCGAUGGUAAAAAGCGCAGUUUUGGACCGCCAGUGUUUUUUUUUUAUUGAAUAAAAUCUUAAUCAUAUUUUUUUCAGUGAUCUCUGUAUAUUGUGUUUUUCGCUGGAUUUAGUGGCAAAAAAUAAUGGUUAGUAAAUACUUAAAAAUCAAGCUAAAUUAAUUCUAAUUAAACUGUCCAAGGAUAAUAUGUUUAUCUGUAAUUUACAAAACAUAUGGAAUCCACAAUUAUAUGAGAUUAAUAAGAUUUAAUGUCGUAUAAUUUAGAAUUCCAUAUUUUUUGAAAAUAACUGAAUGAAAACAGUGUUUCCGAAGGUACUAUGGAGUACCAACUUGUUUGUAUUUAAAAAAUAAUAAAGAUAAAUCACUUGAUUAUAGAAAAGUUUUAAAUAAAAUCGUUUUUAAUUUAAUCUUUUCUUUUCAUUUAAAAACUUGAAAGUAAAUGUUUCCAAGUCAAGAAGUUAAUAAAUGUUUUUUAUGAAAAUUUUUCAUGAAAAAAACAAUUCAAAGAAUUGUAUUACUUUCAUUGUGAAAUAUGUAUUUGGUGAGAUAACUACUGAAUCAUUUUCCAUACUAAAAAAAAUACUUCUAUUUUUCUUAAGAUGUCUAAAACUGCGUCGCGAAUGUGAUUGGAAAGAGUUUAACGAAGACGAAGAAUAUUAUAAUAAAAUAAAUUUUAAUAAGAAGAAUAAAUUAAUAUUCACACAUAUUUCUAAAAAUUGCACUAAGGUUUAAAAAAAAACUAUAUAUUCUGAUAGGACUAGUUAAGGAUAUUCUUAACAUUUUGUGAUUUUUUAUUUUAAUUUAUUGAAUUUGUGGUCAUGAUCAAAGGAUGUAUUCUUUACAUUAUGCGGCAUUGUUUUUUUUAAAUUGUCUACGUAAAGAAUAAAAUUGAUUUGUAUGGUCUUUCGUUUGUGCCGAAUAUUACGAUUUAAUAAAAUUAACUGUUACUAAACAAUUUCAUAAGUUAUUCUUUUGUUGAAAUCAUUCAUUGGAAAUAGAACUUAAAAAAAACAGGUCAGAGUCCUUUAUUCUAUCUUGUCUAUAGUAGCUAUCAUAAAUCACAGAUGGAAUAAAUAAGUUUGUAUUAAAAAAAAUGCAAAUCUCUCAAACUUCAUCUGAACAACUACUAUGGAUUUGUAAAAAACCUAUCACAUACAAAUUAUGCAGUAGACUAUGUAGGUAACACUAAUUAGGCCCAUGAAUAUCUCUUAAAUUACUUAAAAACUAUAAGUACAGCGAACGUUGUUUACAUGUUAGGACUUGUAAGAAAAACGUACCUUAAUUGGUUAGUGAAGUUUUGUCAGUAAGGCUAACAUUAAAAAAUGACAACGCAAACUUUGUUUAUGUUGGACGCCAGCGCCCCUAUCGGCGAAUUUGUUAAAUCGUUUAGUGUCAGUUAACCUUGUUAAAUCACACCACAUGUAAAUGGAUCACGAACCGUAUUAUUAAGACUCUUAUUGGUAUCAUUGAGAUUUAAAAUAACAACGCUUUUUUGUAAUUAGAGUUUUUAUAAAACGCAUGAAACAUUGACGUCAAUGUUUCAUUCGUCUUCAUUAUUACUAAUGUAGAGUGAUGCUUACAUAGUUCAUGCAGCCGUUGCUCACAAAGACAAAUAAAACUAGCAUACCUAAUUGAAAUAGAACAUUGUCCGGCCCAUCUCAUACUAAGCGACAAAUUGGGGCUUGUAAAAGCGCACACGGUGAGGGACGUAAGAUACUGACACUCGGUCCCGUUUCUUCUCGCGUAUUUCCCAUAAGCAAUUAUCUUGGGUGAGCGAGAAAAAAAUUUACUAAGUCUACUUUUCUCUGUCUAUGGUCGAACAAAUGGCAGCAAUCGUGAGACUGAGGGCGAUCGCUAUUAUAAAAACACUAAUGACAAAAAGAGUUCAUAAAAGUUUAAUAAAUGUUGUUUUAAAUGUGGAAAUGAAGUCGUGUUUCUUGUGAGACUUAGAACUGAGAUUUUGUUAUUAACUUGGAAAUUUUAUUAUAUCCCAGUAGUACACAUGUUUAGCUGAAAACCUUUAUGAUAAGAUUUCGUAUGAUGUUGAAAAAAUUCGUAUAUGAAAAAUGAGUUAUUAUGGAAAAAUCUUUUAACAAAACAAUGUGAAGAGAAUUUUAAAGUUGUUUUAUCAUCGAAACAUAUCCACAACUUGCAUCAUAUAAAUAUAUACCUGUUAUAAUUUUCGUCUAGUGAAUGCAAUAGCUCUCAAACUAAUAGUUACAGUAUUAUUGUUUUUAAAAAAUAGCAUAACCUCUUGCCAAAAUUUUAUUUAGCCCACUUGCAUGUUUAAGGGUUAAAUGUAACCCAAGGAUUGUCAAUGUCAAACAAUAGACUAUUGUGCGGUGGAUACGCGAUUUAAGGAAUUAAUAAUCUGUACUUGAUGGUGUUGAAAAUUUUCAAGGUCAAAUUUGUUCAACAGUAGCGACGACUUCACCAAACCUAAUUAUUUAGUUUCUCUGUAGGUUUUUUAAACCCCGCCAGACAUGCAAGUUGGCUUUAUAUUGCAUUAUUAUCGAAAAAUAAUGGUCUUUUGCCUUUCCUGUAAUAAAUAUACAGUUUAUGAACAAGAAAUAAACUUUUAAUUUUUUUUUUUCAGUAAUAAUGCAAUGCAAAAUACUCUAUGAGAAACUGUGUAUCAUGUUCGUUAUUUUCUCACCAAAGCGGUACUUUCUUAUCAUAAAAACUGAUGAAAUAAUGUAAUUUUAUUUACUUAUGCAGAAGUAGGAUAACUUCUGUGAAAGUAAAUGAAAAUUCUGUACUAUCAGCAACGAAAAUCUAUCAUUUUCGAUCCACUUUGACAUCAAUCAUUUCGCAGUGAAACGCAGUCAACCAAUGACAGUGCGGCAUUGUGAUUGUGACAAGACGACAGUUAAUUUGAUUGCUGCCUCUCACUGCGAAAACUUUCUUUAGUGUGUGAAAUUCAAACCCACACUUGUUUCAAGUCUCAUACAAACUGACUUAUAUAUUGAGAACAUUAAAUAAGAGCAAGUUUUAUAAUAAUAUUGCGUGUUGUUAGAUUUUCAAAAGUAUCGCGAUAUAAAUCUAUCGCGAAUGAGCAUGGAAAAAGAUUGACCUCCCAUACAAAAUCUACAAAAUUUGCGUAGAUAUUCGAAAAAAAGUGCAAAAAGUGCAAGAAAUCUAUGUUUUCAGUCCGUAUAUAAAUUUUCGUAUCAUAUUUUUAACGUUAGAUAAGUUUAUAAAAGAUUAAAAAGAAUCCCUGGGAACAAUAUUAACUGAAAAUAUGGCGGCUAUAUUUUGCGGCCGACGAGUUCCCAAAUGAAAAUUUUGUAAUGUGUAUUUUAGUGUAAGCAUUAAAACCGAAACUCCACCUAAAUAUUUGUAUGAAAAUAAUCCUAAAGUAUGUCUUUAUUUGUAUGAAAGUAUACAAAUAUUACAUAUGGCAUGUUCGCUGCAUGAAUAUUACAUAUGGCUAAAAAAAAUCAGUAUAUUCGUUGCUGAUUGUACUUUAGAUUAAAAAGUUAAGUCAAAAAGAAGAGAGAAAAUGUUAAUAACCGAUGACUGAAGUCAACAUAAUGUAAAACUACCUUCAUUUAUUGAAAUUAGUACCAUGUAUACAUUUCUAGACUAGAUCCAUUGAAUUAGCAUAAUACCAAUUACCCGAAAAUUAAAUGUUUAGAUGACCUUAUGCACGAAGUGGAAAAGAAAAUGUAUCCUUGCAUCCAUGCUAAACGGCUGAAGGAACUCAGAUGAGCGAUACUAACAUUGCGAGAAAACUGAAAGACGAGCGUUAACGUUUUUUUGUAUGAAUGAAACGAAGGUCUAUAGUUUUCUCUGUCUAAAUAUAAAUAAACCAGAUUUUUUUUUUUAAAGGGUAGUUGUCAAAUUUAGCGUAAUUGCUCGGUCUCAAGCCGGGGCCUCCCCGGUCACUGUUGUGAUUGAUAUAUUUAUCGUAUUUAUGUUUAGGUGGUUAAUUUAUUGUUCGUUUCCUAUAUUUUUUUUUGAAAAUAUUAAUUAGAUUACAUAUAAAUAGAAAAUGA